AUGGAAGUUGUGAAUUGGUUGGCAAAUGUGGAGAAGCUUAAAAAUGAUUGUACAGAAGCAGCAAGUGAGGACUAUUUGCCACCACAUCAACAGGUGGAUAUAUUGAUGCAUGAAGUAGAAGACUUUAUGAGACAAGGAAAAGGACCAUUUGAGGCGAGAGAGACCAAAGUCAAUAAAUUGUUAGAAGAUAAGAUGGUGGGAGAGGCAUUUCAAAGAAAUACUACAAAGAUUUUGGAGUACCUAGUAGGGAAUCAAAUAUCCCGAAUAGGCAUAUAUGGAAUGGGGUGUGUUGGUAAAACAACUAUUAUGGUGCACAUACAUAAUAGACUCCUCGAAGAAGCAAACCAUGGCAAUGUGUUGUGGAUCACUGUGUCACAAGAUUUCAACACACAAAGUUUGCAGGACGCCAUUGGAAAGGAACUAUGUUUGGACAUACUUCAAGAAAAUGAUGUGAGGAAACGAGCAUCAAUGUUGUGCAAUUGUUUAACGAAAAGAGGUAAAUCUAUAUUAAUCCUCGAUGAUGUGUGGGAAUGCUUUGAUCUUAAAGAGGUGGGAAUCCCAAUUAAAGCAGAUGGAAUUAAGUUAGUUUUAACCACUCGAUCCUUUGAGGUAUGCCGCCAGAUGCAAUGCCAAGAAAUGAUAAAAAUUGAACCUCUAUCUCAUAAAGAAGCCGAGAGCUUAUUUUUGGAGGAGCUGAAAUCCAAAGUGGCCCUUAAUUUGGAAACUAAAGCCAUUGUCAAGUCCAUUGUUAAAGAAUGUGCAGGCUUACCGCUUGCAAUCGUCACGAUGGCAAAAAGUAUGCGAGGAGUGACCAAUGUGUUUGAAUGGAAGGAUUGCUUAAAGAAAUUAAGAGACUUAGACAUGGGGCAAACGGAUAUGGAAAAGAUGGUCUUAAAGAAACUAGAAUUCAGUUACAAUCGCCUUGGGAAGCUCACAUCUUUGAGAAAGUUGGACGUGUUUUAUUGUGUUCAGCUAGAAGCGAUCAAGGGUCUGGAAAAGUUGGCAGUAAAUGAAGAAGACAUUAUAAAAUUGUGUGCAUUAGAGGCACUUGAAUGCCAGUUUGAAGAUGUGGAUGAUUUCAACAAGCUUGUGAGGGUGGUUAGUCAGCAGAGGAAUAAACCUCGCUAUUACAAGCUGGUGUGUGAAAAACAAUCGGAGAUUAAUGUGGAAUUAAUUCAACAAGCUCCAUUUCAGAAUUGUGAGAGGAGCGUCCGCAUUGGGAUAAGGAGUCAUUGUAUUGUGAGCGCGGGAGGGGAAAGCAGUGGUCAUGGCAUUUGUAUUUUAAUUCCCCAACAUGUGCGGACAUUGUCAGUAGGCAAUUGCGACGGUGCAACAAAUUUGUCUGACAUGGAUCUGCCUAAAAACCUUGAGGAGCUAACAAUAGACAAAUGGAAAAACUUGCAUGUGCUCAAUGGAAGACAAGAUGAAGAAAUAAUUAACAUCGAUGACUCCCCUACCCCAACCCCUGCCCCUCUCCUCUUCCUAAGCCUUAGGGUUUUGUCAAUAUAUGAUUGUCCGAGACUGAAGUAUCUCUUUGGGCAUGGGCCUGAAUUCUACCUUCCUCAUUUACGAGAGAUUCGCACAACAGAAUGUAAGGAAAUGGUGGGGAUAACAGUAGCGGUUACAUCACCAUCACCACAUCCGUCACCAGCCUUCCCUGGUCUAGAAGAUAUUAUUAUUUCAAAGUGUGAUAAAAUGAAGAGAGUGGUGGAAUCUGAGUGGUUGCCCCACUUCCCUAACCUGAGAUAA